AUGGGGGCGGCGGCGAGCGGUCACCUCCGGGGAAACGAGGCGACAGACCGGCGGGAGCGACACUCACAUCAGCCCCGAGGUGCCAGGGCGGGAGGGGGUUUCAGUUCACUCCCAGCCGGGGAACAGCGCGCCCAAUUCUCCAGCCGAGCAGGGCGCCAACGCGGGCUGAGCUGGGAGAAUAGAGGAGGCAGGGCGCACAAUGUUCCCCGAGGCCAAGUCUCGCAGGAAAGUUGCCGGUCACCGGCCGACCUGAUCCCCCAGCAGUUCCUUCAGGCCGGACCUAUCCGCUCCCGGGUCCCCGGUCGUGGAGACCCCGGCGCGUCGGCUCCCGGAUCCCCAAACCGCAGAGACCCCGGCGCAGGUUCCUAG